UUUUGCUUUUUGCAUCUCCGUUUGUUCGUUUCCAUUUCCAAUUACGUUUGGUUUUCGGUUACGAUUGCUUAACGUUUUCCAGCAAUAAUCAUACGUCGUGUGACACGCCGUCGGUUAACAACACCUAACGGUUAAAUCAGCAAACGAGCCAAAAAUUUUGUUGCCUUAUGCUGGGUGUGUACAUUACAUUUCAUUAGUGUGCGUGUGUGCAAUUGUAUGGUGAGCUUAAGUCCUCCCUCAUCAACAGACCCCAUGCACGAUACAACACAGAGUGCUAAGCAGCAUCAACAUCAACAUCAUCAUCACCAUCGUCAUCGUGUUUCGCGCGUCAUCAUCAUCGUAAUGUGUUGCCGCACCACAAGCCAGUGCAUCGCGUCGUGAACAUUUUCGUUUGUAAUUAUUUCGGGAAUUUUAAUUGCAACAUUUCCGUUACUAUUUCUUUUUUUUCUCAAGUUAGAAAACAAAUUAAAAUUUUAUGAAAAUUGACAAAAUAAGAUUGAAUCACAAAUAUUCUAAAAACGUUAAACUAGAGUGAAUUAAAAAAAUCAAAUCAAAUAAACCUAACUCAAAAACAAAAGAAUGAUAAUAUUUGAAGAAACUGUGUUUUAAAAAAAGUGAAAUGCUAUAGAGUCCUUAAAACAUUAAAAAAUUACUAUGAAAUCCUAUUAAUUUAAGCGGGAAAAAACCAAAAUUUACCAACUUAAAAGAAUUCUCAGCAAAAUGUUGUGUUUCCUAAAACUAUGAACGUUUACUGUGCUAACAGAUCACCCAACAAUAACCACAUAGACAUCAGUGUUAAACAAAUUCCAACGGAUCGUUUCAAUGAUCCUCCUGCAAAGGCUUUGAUUCAUGUCAAACCUGAAUUCUCCAUAAGUGCUAAUGAAAAGGAGAUGAACAAUAAUAACAACAACAACAACAAUAACAUCGCAAGCAUCAAUAAUAACAACUUAUUAAUGAACAACAGCCACAACAACAACAACAGCAGCGGCAAAAGUCCUUUACACCAGAAACUUAGUCCUUCAUAUCCUCCAUAUCACAGCAGUGCCAUGAAUUCGGCCACAAUGCUGAUGCAUCACCAGCAGCAGCAGCAACAACAACAACAGCAGCAACAACAAAACGGAGCACGUGACAGCAGUAGCAGUCGCGGCACCGAACGCGGCGAUGACAGGCCCAAUGGACGUUCCUCCCAUGGGGCCGGUCGCGGUUCCAGCUGCUCACCUGCCUCAUCGCCCACACGCCAUCCAAAUGCGGUGAGUCCGGUCACCUCGCUAAAUCACAGCAUGAUGCAACAAAUGCAACAGCAACAACAUCAACUCUCACCGCCACCCCAUAUGGGUGGUGUGCCCACAGCCAAUGGUUUGCCCGCCGGCCUGCCACCACGUAUGCCCCAUGGCCUGCCACCCCAUUCGUUGGGUCUACUCAAUUCCCUGCAAAUGAUGCAUCAUGCCUCACCAUUGGAACUAAUGGCGGCGGCCCAUCAUCAUGUACCGCCUAGGACCUACAAUAGCCCGCCACCCAUAUCCACCUCAGAUCCCAGUGCCAAUGAGUGCAAACUUGUCGAGUAUCGUGGACAAAAAGUGGCCGCCUUCAUUAUAAGCGGCGAGACGAUGUUGUGUCUGCCGCAAGCCUUUGAAUUGUUUUUGAAGCAUUUGGUUGGUGGCCUACAUACGGUGUAUACAAAAUUGAAGCGUUUGGACAUUGUGCCGCUGGUAUGCAAUGUGGAACAGGUGCGAAUAUUGCGCGGUUUGGGUGCCAUACAACCGGGGGUAAAUCGUUGUAAGCUGUUGUGUUGCAAGGACUUUGAUGUACUGUAUCGCGACUGUACAACAGCCAGAUGCUUAUCGAUUAAACCACCAGAGAGUAACUCUCUGCAAUUCCGCAGUUCCAGGCCGGGUAGACCGCCAAAACGUGGCCCAGUUGGACUAUCACUGCCGCCCACACAUCUCAGCCAACAUCCGCAACUGAAGAAGCAUCGACUGGACAAUGGUGAAUAUCCCUAUGAGAAUGGGCACAUAAGUGAUAUGAAAUCUCCUCUCUUAGCAAAUGGUUAUAAUCCCCCGCCCAUCAAUCACAUGGCAUUCAUGCAAAUGAAUCAUCAUCCCGGUUCGGCAUUAAUGUCACCCGGUAUGCCACCACAUGGUCUGCAUGCUAGACCGGAUAGUCAAAUGCUGAAGGCAGCUGCCCAAAGUGGUAUGUCGGCGGCAAAUAUGGAUGCUUUGGCCCGAUCGGGCAUUUGGGAGAAUUGUCGAGCUGCCUAUGAGGAUAUAGUGAAACACUUGGAAAGACUACGUGAAGAACGCACCGAUGAACGUCAACAAAUGGGUGGUGGAUCAAAUGCUGUCAGUGCCAUUGGCAGCGUUGAACAAAAACCACGCGAUUUAAGUUCACGUAAUUGCUCGCCCAAUCGUCAAAGUCCUGUCCUAAAUCUUUCCAAAUCCGGCGGCAAUACAGAUCAAGGCAGUAAUUGUGAUGAGCGUAGUGAACGCAGUGAUAUGCAUUCACCGGCGCAUUCUGUGCGAGAUGAUAGCAUAGAAAGAACCAGCGGCCGCAGCGGUGGUGUUGGUGGCGAUAUGAGUGGGGGUAAUGGUCGCAAUAUCGACGAUGAGGACAUUGAAAAUAUGAGUGAUGAUAAUGUUUCGGAUGUCGAUGAUAGAAUGGUAAAAGAUGAAGAAGACUUAAGUGAUGUCGAACGUGAUAAUAUUUCACCCUCCUCCUCCCAACGCCAUCUUCAGCAUAGCCUUCCGCACAACAACACCUCCUUGACGACGAGUGGUGAUCGCGUUGCCAGCUCAGUAUCCUUAGUCGAUCGCGAGGCCUCACAUCCUGCACUACAUCAUGGCUCACCCUCACACAGUGCUGCUGCUGUUGCAGUCCUACAGCAUCAACGGGCUUUAAAUUAUUCCCAAUUGGCAGCGGCCGCGGCUGCAGCAAAUGGUGCCGUAAAUGGACCUACUGGUGUUGUGUCUGGAUCCGGAAAUGGUGGUGCUCUGACACCAAACGAAGCACUACAAUUGGCGGCGACAGAUGCCACUACAGCGGCAGCAGCUUUAGCCGCUGGUGCAAUCAAUUUAGGCCCUUUGGCCAUGGAUCCAGGUCUACCUUCGUCGACGGAAACAUUGCUGAGAAAUAUUCAAAGUUUGCUUAAGGUGGCGGCAGACAAUGCAAGGCAGCAGGAAAGGCAAAUUACAUAUGAGAAAGCUGAAUUGAAAAUGGACGUUUUACGUGAACGUGAAGUCAAAGAUUCAUUAGAAAGGCAAUUAGUUGAUGAAAGGAAGUUAAGAGUUUUGUAUCAAAAACGUUAUAGACGUGAGCGUAAAUUGCGCAUUCGCUAUCAGCAGCAAAUCGAGGGUGGCAAACGUAAAUCGCCCAAUGCUUCAAAUGGCAGCAGCGGUAGCAACAACAAUGCCAAUGGCAGCAAUAGUGGCAUCAGCAGCAACAACAACAACAACAAUAGUGGCAGCAAUAUUAACAACAAUUCCUCGGCGGCAUCGGCAAAUGUCAGCAGCAUCAAUGAUGAUGUGCGUUCCAUUGAUUCAGCCUCCAUGCACAGCAAACAUAGUGGCAGCAUUUCGGAUCUAACUCGUAAAUCGGAACAAGAUCAGGAUGGCAAACAAAGUGAAAAGUCUGAUAAAUCAUCAAUCUCCUCUUUAAAUUCCCACAAUACUACUAAUAACAAUAACAACAAUUCAAAUAACAACAACAACAACAACAACAACAACAUGCAUCAUGCAGCCUCCGAUAGCAGCGAAAAUCGACUUCACCAUCAUCAACAACAGCAGCAGCAACAAAACUUACGUACCCACUCGGAGAGUCCCAGCUUUAAACGUGAACCCCAAUCGGACCAUGAAUCACGCAGCGCCGAAGAUUUGCCAAUGCAGCCACAGCUACAUCAACAUCACCUUCACUCCCACAAUAGUGACAGUGAUCGUCACUCCUCAUCAGAUCGUCUCAAUGAACGAGAUGACCAUGAUGACCGCCGUUCAUCGGAUCGUGAAAGUAAUCGUCCACCAUCAUCGCAUGCUGCAGAAAACAGUUUGGCUGUAGCAGCGGCAGCCGCUGCUGCUGCAGCAGCCAAUGGCAAAGGUCAAUGGAAUUAUCCAGGCAUAGAUCUAAUGGCCACCGGGGCAUUUUGGCAAAAUUAUUCUGAAUCUCUAGCUCAAGAGAUAGAAUUGGAGCGUAAAACACGUUCCGCCGCUGGAGAGCAAGACGUUAAAAGUCCCUUGGCAGAGAGACAGGCAGCUGCUGCCUACUACAAAAACUCUGUAUUGUUUGGUAGCGCCAAUUAAAUGGUUGAGCAUGAGCAUAUAUCCAAAUUAUGGACUAGACAUAAUGGCGCAGAAAUUUCUUCCGAUGUCACUGCAUAAUGCUUUAUCGAAUGUAGGUACAUUUCGCUUUGUCAAAAGUAUUGAUCUCAAGGUGCAAUUUGAAUUGUAAGAAAUGUGGUGGACGGAAAAUGAAACAAAAAAAAAUUAAAGAAAAAAAUUAUAGAAUCUCAAAUUGUAAGCAAUCCACAAAGUGUUGGUUAAACACUUGAAGAUACUGUAGAAAAAUCGUUUAAACAUCAAGAAAAGGAAGCUUAGUUUUAUGUAAAGCUUAAGAAACGCAUUGCUUAGAAUUGCUAGAUUUGUAAAUAGCAAAUGAAAAAAAAAUAAAUUAAACUAAAAUAUUAUUUUGUUUUAAUAUUUAAAGUAAGAAUUUAAAAGAUUUUUUACAUUAAAAAACCAUAUUCAUAAAAAAGAAUACCUGUAAAUAAAGAUUAAAAGCUAAGUAGAGUUUAAAAUUUGCAUAAUUUACUGGUAAGCCUAUGGUAGCCAUUUAAGAUAAAAUGCAUUAAAUGAAAGGCAGAGUAGUAUAGCGUUUAGCAAAGUUUUAGUAUGAAAUAAACACCAUGGUACAUAGUUUAUGGGCCUAAAGUUGAUGUAAAUAAUGUUGUAUUUUUGAGAACUUUUGUGUUGAUUUUUUAUUUUGUAUUUCUGAAGUAAGCCGCAAUGAAUCAUUGACAUUGAUUGCAUAGUUUUUGCAAGUGAACAAAUAUAAUAAUCAUAUAAAAUUGUCAUGGUGUUAUAUUGCGGAUCGAUGAAGGAAGAUUUUUGCAAAGAUAUUGAAAAAUAUUUCGUAUUGUAGUUUUUACUAUAAGAAACCUAUUUUAAGUAUUACAAAUUGCAUAUGGUAGAAAUGAAUUAAGAAAUAAAGAAAAAUCGUAUAUUUAGCAACCAGUUUUAGGCUUAUGCAGUGUAUAAUUUUAGAUAUUUUUUCUAGCAUUAGACAACAAACAAAUAUAAAGUUUAAAAUAUUUAAUAAUUUUUAAAACAAAUUGAACUAAAUAAGUGUAAGUAACAAAGAAUAAAUCAACUGCAACCAACUAAUCUCACAUGCUUCCCCCAAAACUGAAUCCAAAUCAACUCAUCAACUCAAGCGCUAAUCAACACAGACCACAUUAACGCCACAUAUUAGGAGAAACAAGAGCUGAAAUGUUCACAUGGUCCCAUUAAUCACACAAGCUGACAUUUUAAAAAAUAUUACCAAAAAAACCUAGCUCUCCCUAACUCCUCCUAAAAUGAAUGAAAAUGGAAUUUUCAUAUUAGCAAAAAAAGAAAAGAACACAAAAUUUAAUCUGCAUCAUCACUCCCAGAUAUACCAUCCUCAACUUCUCAUUCCACCCCUCUCCCAUUAUCAUCAUCACUAUCAUUAUCAUCAGAUAUUUAUACCCAGUAACAAUAACAAUGCAUAAUAAUUUAUAAUAAAAUAUUAACAAAUAAUCUAUACAUAUAAAAACAAAUUUUAAAACUAAUAAUAUAAUUAUUAUAAAUAAUAAAAUGCUUCGUAUUUAUAUAUAAAUAUCAUGAAACACAACACAGAAACACAAAAAUAAAAAAAAUGAGAAAAAAAUCAUUAACCCGAGUAAAGGACAUCAAGUGACAAGCCCUCCACCCGUAUCCUCAUUCUAUUUCAGAAUUACACAAAAUAGUAACAAUAAAUUAUUAUAAAUCAUUAAUAUUACGAUUAUUAUUACUAAUAUAAUGAUGUAACAACACAACUAAUAUAUUAUUAAUUACUAUUAUUAUUAUUAUUAUAUUAU